AUGAUUACUGAUAGUGAAAUUAAGGAAUUUCUUCCUUAAAGUAUUAGCAAGCAAUAUAAAACAGAGCCAAUUGAUUAGAAUAUUAGUGAUCUAUCUUUCAGUUUUACACAUAGCUUAAAAAGUAGUGUAAAACCUAAAUUGAAUGAUUCAAUACAAUUGGAAACACAGAUAGGCUCAAGAAUUUAAGCUAAACCUCCUUUAACAUCAAAAAGCGAUAAAAAGUUCUAGAUACCUAUAAUUAGAGAUAAGACAUUCUUCAAUUCUGAAUUGAUUAGUGAUUAAAUGUCUACUCCAAGAUCAAGAUUAUAGGAUUGUAAAUUUUAGCUCAUUCAUUUGAAAUUAUAAAAUUAACAGAACCAAAAGAUUAAUAAAUAAAUAGUGAUUGAGAAAUUAUCUAAGUAAUUGAAAGAAUCUUCAAACAUCAAUAUUUCAAAAUCAAAAGAGAUGAUAUAAAUUGAGUUAUUAUUGGCUGCAUAUAAUUAAUUACACUUAAGUCAUUCAUAAUUAAAAUAAUAGAAUAAGAAUUUAGAAUAAGAAAUCUCUAUAUGGAAAUCAAAAUAUCAAGAAUUAGAAAAAAAGACAAAACAAAAUAUCCAUUCUAAAAAUACAUCAUUAUAAGUUUAAUUCAAUAAGCCAAUUAAUUAAAAUAUAUGGGAGAGAUUAAAAACAAAACCAUAUUCAUCAAAUACUUUUAAGUUGUCCUUAACAGACACUAUUAAAUAUUGA